UUGCUAUUUUUUUUUCCCUUAUGGUGUUAUCUUCUCCAUCCAGGCCUUCAGGAGAGCUUGGACAGAAAGCUGUUUGGACAGCACCUAGUGAACAAGGUGAUUGUAAAGGCCGUGAAGGGCUUCUUGAAUAACACAGACCCCAAAAAGCCUCUUGCCCUGUCCUUGCACGGAUGGACUGGAACAGGCAAAAACUUUGUCAGUAAGAUAAUUGCCGAAAGCAUUUAUAAAAAAGGCCUGAAGAGUAAAUACGUCCAUCAGUUUGUGGCUACGUUGCAUUUUCCUCAUGCUGACAGCAUCAAUCUGUACAAGGACCAGCUGCAGUCAUGGAUUCGGGGAAAUGUGAGCAUCUGUCCCAGAUCACUCUUCAUAUUUGAUGAAAUGGAUAAAAUGCAUGCAGGGCUCAUUGACUCCAUCAAGCCAUUUUUGGACUACUAUGAGCUUCUUAAUGGAGUGUCUUACCGGAAAGCCAUCUUCAUAUUCCUCAGCAAUGCGGGAGCUGAAAAAAUAACAGAGGUGGCACUAGAUUUCUGGAGAAAAGGAAGGACAAGGGAAGAUAUACAGCUCACAGAUAUGCAGAAUGCGCUGUCUGUGUCUGUCUUCAAUAACAAGAAUAGUGAAGGAGUUUGGGCUUCUGGGGAUAUGAUAUUGCUCCCUUUUAUUGAUAGAAAUCUCAUCGACUACUUUGUUCCUUUCCUGCCUCUGGAAUACAAACAUGUGAAAAUGUGUGUCAGGGUUGAGAUCGAAUCACGUGGCUAUGCUGUGGAUGAAGACAUUUUAACCAGAAUAGCCGAUGAGAUGACCUACUUCCCCAGAGACGAGAGAAUUUAUUCAGAUAAAGGAUGUAAAACUGUGUAUGCCAAACUGGAUUAUUACUAUGACUUCUGAUGCUUUACUACUGCAAUCUGCAAAGAAGCAAAUUAACUUAAUCACAAAGUGGAGAAACCGGGACAUUUCAUUUUUAAGCACUUUUUUUUUUUUAAAAAAAGGACCAUUAUUUUUAACUGGUGUGUAAAUAAGUGGCAGUGCAUCUGCAUUUUUAUUCUGUCAGUAGUCACGGCUCCCAAGUACUUUGGUCUUGUGCUGUCAAGGUAAGAAAAAACUAUUUCAUGAAGGUGAGGGCUCUUUGUCUAUUAGUGCCCAAGACUUACCUCAAAUUGUGUGUUGAUUGUCAGAACUGUUAGCAGACCAUUGGCACAUGUUGUAGGACUGAGAUAAUGACCUAAUUUUAAUUGGUUUUUGGUUUGAUGCGAGUGAUCUCUAGACAGUAUUGAGAAUCUUAAUCAGAGUCACUAUGUCUGUGAAAGGCUUCACUGGGCUUGUGCGGGAAUAUUUGUAUAACCACAUUAAGAGUAGGAUGUGUGUGUUUUUUCUCCUUGAACAGCUUGUGUCCGGUAAAGAUGAGGAGGAAUUGUGUCAUUAAAAAGUCCACAUCUUCUAUCUAGCAUUAUGAAGUACCAUUGUCUUUCUCAAAACUGGGGUAUAUAUUGGCCUCCUUUGUGUAAACCAAGUUAAGAAUAUGAACUUCUCUUUGGUGUGAAAAGCCUUCAAAAGGGAGAACUUUAACAACAUUAAGUAGAAAGAGGAAGUUAGUAAAAGUCCUUGACUACCACUUUGAGUUGGUUUCUAUUUUGGUAAUUUUCUUAUGGGUGAAAUUGCCCUCACUGUGCUUCCCCAGGAAUGAUUUCCUUGGGUAGGAAGGAAAAAAGCAUGCUGACUGCUGAGUUGGUUUCACGGAAUGGGUGUAACUUAAUGGGAGACGUGCAUGUAUCGUAAAGCUUACUUACACCAAGGAAAUGGAAAAGAGGUUUCUCCUCUUCCUCUAAAUGUAAAAUUAAAAGGUUAGCUUGCAGCAGGGUUUUCCCUUUAUCCCAUUCUUGCAAUAUUUGGUGCCUUUUGAGGCAGGGAUAAAGACAGAUCCAAAGGCAUUUGGGGGGGGGGAAGGGGAAGUGAAAUGGGUCAACUGAAGUUACUGCAGUCUGUCAGACUUGUUUCUAAAUGUGAGCACUGCUGAGGCUUUUUUUUAUUCCAGUUUCUAUUCAAAAUAAACAUUUCUCACUAGAAAUGUGUUUCUUAACUACCUUCUUAUGUUUAUUUGCAUUGAGUGAUUUGAUGUUAAUUUUGCACAAACUUGCCACCUGUUGAGGAAGAGCAUACUACCUUUUUGGCUGAAGUGCUCAGCUGUGCUUGAGUACAGCUCUCUGCCUUUUUGGGUGCAGAGGAAUAGAUGUGGGGAGGAGAUGUGAUAUGUUAUUGGGGAAAGGGAGACAGAGUUUGCAGUAGAAACUGCAGUUCUAGAGCAUUGACACUAAUUACACUUGCAUGCUUUUUGCAGAGGAGGACUUCAGCAGAACCUAGUUUUAGAUGUGCUCGUCUGAACAGUAUUGUAAGAAUGAAUUUGCCUUCUAGAGAGUUGAUAAAACCGUGCUUGUUAUCCCUUCCUCCCUUUGUGAUACCACUGUCUAAAUGGUAACUCUGAAAAUACUGCAGUCGGUGAUUUAAGGUGCACGUGUUUUUAGUAGCAACACCUUGAAGUAUUCUCUGCAGGAGAAAAAUGGGCCAAUAAGAUGGACAACUGUCCAGUUCUUCUCUGAGGCUAUAUAAUAUGCUAAUUAACUUAUCAGUCCUAGUAUUUGUCAGCCAAGAGGUGCUCUGAACUUGGUUAUUUAAUGGUUUCUUUGACAGGCUGACUACGGUGAAUGACUUGCUAUAACUGGGUAAUGGAAAAAUGUGGACGUGAAAACAAUAAAACUUAACUACCGUCUGGUAACUUACCAUCAACGAAGCAGUGCUGUGGCUCUUCCAGCAUUAAAUACACUGUUCGUUCUGCUUUACGUGCCACUGCAGUGUCUAUACUAGCAAGUAUUAUUUUGUAGCUGUAGGUGGCUUAGGGUAGAUGGAAGCUUCCUCCAGAGGAUGUAGGAAUGAUGGUCAGAGGCUGAAGGCUGCCCCUCUGCUGAAUCUUUCCAUCCUAAAAACAGCAGGCCUGGCUAGGAGCAUUUCUGGCAUCUGGGUAAAAGGAAUAGGUGUGGGAAUAGUCACUCCAACAUUUGGUCCUGCAGUUAUCUCUCUGCUUUAUAGACUGUAUGCUUUCAAAACAGAUCCUAAUUGUCUCUUUCUUGCUGUGACUGGAUAACUUUGGCCAUUACUCUUUAACACCUCAUUUGAAACGGGAGAGGACAGCUUCAGGGAAAAUGUUGAACUGGGGAAAAGGUCCGAGCCCUAGAGAAACAGUUCAUUGGCUGGGUGAGAGUAGCUGAGCUGUUACUGAGACUGCAUUUUGUUUGUUUUUGCCAAAGUCCACUACAAGCAACUGCUGCUUUAAUUCAACCUUUUCUAUAGGGUAGGUUCCCAGCUCGCUUGCUGUGCUCAUAAGUGAUAAACCAUAGAUAAAACGCAAGCUGACCUGAACCCUUUGUAGUAAGUGCUACUCUCUCGAAAGAGGCCAUUUGCCUCUAAAGACUCAUCUGUUUGAUAGCAGGGGCCAAACACCCAAGUUGUUGUGCGUGCAGAGCGGUGCAGCCCCAGAGCUCAGCUUCUGUCGCAAAGUUCUGAUGAAUAAAACCACUUAUGCUUCUGAUACACGCUGCUUAACGAACCUCUUUGUGCAUCAUUAGAAACAGCACAAUUCAUGGUCUGCAACAGCAUGAACAACUGACUGCUCAGGGAGGUGUAAGCUGUUGCCAGUAGCUGUAACCUUACUUGAAUUAAGCUGUGACUUACACACUGGCUCUGUUUCAGUACCAGGGAGGCUGGAGAUGUUCCAGCUGCUGGAGACAAGAUGAAAGCCUGUAGUCUUAUCCUGCCUUUCCCAGCUAGAUGCAAGACAAAGCACUGUCUUGAACACCAACUUUCCAGACAGAGCACAGAAGAGAAGUAGUUAAACAAGCUACCUGAGGCUUGUUGGCCUUGCAGUGCCUGGCAGUAUGGCUAAUAACUAUAAAGCAGAGCAUGCAGAAACUAAGGCUUUUUCAUAGGUGCUUAUUUCCUACACGUACAUCUCCUGAACUGUAUUCACUGAAUGUAUAAUUAUGCUCUUGGAUGACUGGGCAUGUUUUAAUCUGCUUAUCUAACUGUUCUUAUGAACAAAUGUUUAAGAAUAAAACAAGCUUAAAGGAAA